UGUGAUGAAUUAUUGUAGAACUUAGGUAAUGAAUGAGUUUCACCAGACAGGAGGUCACUUUCACUUUCAGUGUCUGCAGCCUUUAAACAGCCUGCUGCUUAGGCCAUCAUUGCCAAAUUGGUUUGCAGAGGAUCCUUGACUCUCAGCGAAAACUACGAUAUCGAUCUUGUGAAGCCACUUGACCAUGGAAUCCCCAAUGUGCCUCGUUAAAAACGCUGACGGAGAGCUUUGCGUAGAACCAGAGGCCAUCGACUACCUGAUGGGACUGAAACAGAAAGUUGUAGUUGUGUCUGUGGUCGGGCUGUAUCGCACCGGAAAGUCCUACCUCAUGAACAAGCUGGCUCAGAAGAGAAGUGGUUUUGCCCUUGGAGCCACCAUCCAGUCUAAGACUAAGGGCAUCUGGAUGUGGUGUCCCCCUCAUCCUGAAAAAACAGACCACACCCUUGUGCUGCUGGAUACGGAGGGACUGGGGGACGUGGAGAAGGGAGAUUCUAAGAAUGAUGCCUGGAUCUUCUCGCUGGCCAUUCUGUUAAGCAGUACUCUGGUCUACAACAGUCGAGGGACCAUCGACAAUGAUGCUGUGGAGAAGCUUCAAUAUGUGAAGGAGCUGACAGAGAGGAUCAAGGUGAAGUCUUCCACUGGCGAUGAGGAGGAAGGAGAGGGCACACAGUUUAUGCAGUUCUUUCCUAAUUUUGUGUGGACCGUCAGAGAUUUCACUCUACAGCUCGAGAUCGACAGCAGAGAAAUCACUCCAGACCAGUAUCUGGAGAAUUCCCUGCAGCUCAAGAAAGGUACUAGUAAAAAGAUCAAUGACUACAACUUCCCGCGAGACUGCAUCCGGACCUUCUUCCCCUCACGCAAGUGUUUUGUGUUCCCCUCCCCUACAACUCCUGACAACAUGCAACGACUGGACUCCAUGGACGAGGCUGAGCUUUCUGAAAGCUUCAGAGCGGUCUCAGAUACUUUCUGCCGCUUUAUUUUCCAGGAGAGCCGUGUGAAGACUCUUAUAGGGGGACACACAUUGACUGGAGAGAUGUUGGGGCACUUGGUGAACACCUAUGUGGAGACCAUUGCCAAAGGCAAUGUGCCCUGUCUGGAGAAUGCUGUGUUGGCCAUGGCUAAAAUUGAGAACCAGGCUGCUGUGGAUGAGGGCCUGGUGGUGUACCAGAAGGGAAUGGAGGAUGUGAAGGCCUUAUUCCCAGUGGACAUCAAACAGCUGUCAGAGAACCAUCUUCGCUCAGAGACCCAGGCCACAAAGGCGUUCUUGAAGCGAUCCUUCAAAGAUGAAAAUUGGGAAUUCUUGAAAGCUCUGGCGGAGGCCAUUAGCAACCACUCCGCCGACCUUUUCAAACAGAACAAGGAUGCCUCAGAGAAGAAUUGCAAGGCCCUUCUGGAGAAGCUGUCUGCUCUGAUGGAUCAGGGGAUGAAGGAGGGAACUUACGCCACACCAGGAGGCUAUAGGCUUUACUGCAAUCACCAUGACAACAUAGUGGCACAGUACCGUGCCGAACCUAACAAAGGAGUCAGGGCUGAGAAGGUUCUGGAGCAGUUCCUGAAGGACAAGAGUACAGAGACCAACUUCAUCCUGCAAGCUGACAAACAACUGACUGAAAAUGAGAAACAAAUCCAAGCUGAGAAGAAGAAAACAGCUGAGUUGGAGCAGGAGAAGGCAGCAUUCAGGAAGCAACAGGCAGAGAUGGAGCGCAGAAUUGAGAAAAAUCGCACUAGCCAGGAGAAGUACUUGAAGGAGAUGAAAGAGAAGAUGGAGGAGGAGAGGAAGCAACAGAAGCAGGAGUUCAACAGGACCCUGGAACGCAGAAUGCAGGAGCAGAAAGAUCUCCUGGAGAAGGGUCAUAAUGUGCAUGCUUAUCUAUUGAGCCAAGAGAUCGAGGAGAUAAAGAAGAAGAAUCAAUUGGAAAGGGACGCCUAUAUCAAGAAUACCCAGAAUCAGAAGGCUCUGCUGGAUGACUACAAGAAGCAGGCUGUGGGACAGAAUAAACAGAUGGAAAUGUUAAUGAGGGAGCUCAACAAUAGAUCACAGGCCCCUGUACUAGUUGUUGAACGAGUUGUUCCUCAAGAAGCCUGUAUCGUAAUGUGACAGGUCCCACCCUGUAACCUCAUGUGAUCCACUCCACCUUGAAUUCCUGACUAUGAAAUGUAAAUUGAUAUUGAGUCUUGAAGCGUUGAAGUGUUUGUCUUCUAUAGCCAUCACUGUUUUUAUCUGAUCCUGCUGGUUAUCUAUGAAAGCUGAUGUAAAAAGGGCUUUUUUUAAAUACAUUUGAUUGAGUGACCUCUUGAAGAUAAAUGCUAUAAGCACAUGACUGGGAUCAUGAUCUCGACCCCGAAUCCAGCUUA